UCUUGUUCCAGCCACCACUUUUUCAAAUGCGAGUCCUGAGUCGGUUGCCAUGGCGAUGAGUCACAAGGCGGACGGCGAGCAGGCAGUUGUGGAAGCCGAUCCACCUGCGCCGGCGGAAGGCACCUUAGCGCACCAGAUCCUGUACGGCAGCUUUGGGGAUGUCAAGCUGCGAGCCCAGGAGUGGGCGCAGCUGUGCUCGAGGGACCUGGGCCAGGCCUUGCUGGUGCUGCUGGACCUGGUGCUCGCGCUCAGCGGUUUGCCAGGGGCGGUGGCGCCUGAGGACCUGGAGGCUGAGCCGGCUUUGCUUGUGAUCCGGCUGCCGGACUGGGUGCGGGCCCAGAACCUGGACCCCACGAUCUAUCCGCUGCUGCCCUCCAUCCGCCAAGCCCGGCGCUCCGUGGCGAACCUGGAGAAGUUCCUGAGCACCGGCAUCGGGGAGCAGAACGGCCCUGCCCUCUUGGAUAGUCAGCUCGUGGCCUCCCUCAGCCGCUGGCUGCUGGUGUUGCCCAACGCGGCGGUCCGCUCCGUGCGGCACGUGUCCACCAUUGCCGCGCUGGCGGUGGCGGAGGCGUUGGGGCACCACUUCCAGGCGCUGAGCCGUUCCCACGAGACCUUGGCACGGCAGCUGCAGGCGGCCAGCGGCACGGUGACGGCGCGCCAGGAGGCGCAACUCAAGCGCGACGUCGCGGCUUCUUCCAGCCACGCCAAAGAGAUGAACCGCUCUCGGAACCAGUUGUUGGAGACCAUCGUGCCUUUGCGUAGCCGCGACAUCAGCGAGGUGAUACGCGUCUACACCCUGAGCUUUGUGGACAAGCUCAUGAAGACAGACCCGGAGAUGUACCUGCAAAACAAGUGGACUGCCAGGGUCUUCCUCAUGGUGCAUGACCCUGCUGUUGACGUGCGGCUGAAGGCCCUCAGCGUCAUCACACAGUGGUACUCUCCAGACAAGAAGAGGUCUGCGCCGGUGAAGGAGCACCUGGGCCAAUUCGCGAAGAGCUGGCUGCCGCACCUGGUGGAGCGUGUGGCGGACGUGGACCCGCGGGUGGCCGCGGCGGCGCUGCGCUGCCUACGGCAGCGGGAGCUCGCGGAGAAGCUCCAGGAAGACGAGUUCGAUACCAUUGUGAAUCUGGUCAUCGGCAGCCGGGACGUGCCUGUCAGAGAAGAAGCAGCCCUCUUCAUCAACCAGCAUGUCUUCCAAGAUCCAGGCAUUUGUAUCAAAGACAAGGCCAAAAAGCGCGGGGACAGCAACAAGGAAUACGGCACCCCUGCGGCAGAGAACGUGGAGGAUGGGCGUGACGGAGGGGGCGAUGCGUUGCAGGAGCUCUACAACUCCGAGGUGGCCAUCUCCAUGCUCAUCGAGUACCUGGGUAACUACAUGGGUGACAAGCUGCGCAUCACUGAGCGAGUUGUCGGAGCGUUCUGGCCCCGUGCGCCCUCGCUGAAGCACUGGAGCACUAUGCUCAACCUCUGCCUAGUGGGAGAGGGCGCCCAGCGUGUAGGCACGGAACCCAUCAGUUCCAAGCAGCGCCUUGCACUGCUCUACAUCAUCGAGGCUGCAGUAAGGCGAGCGGAUGAUGAGGUCCGCACGGCGCGGCCCAGCGAGAAGGAGGAAGCGGCGCUGCGAAUGAACGAGGCCUGCGCCCACAUCAUCCCGGAGCUGCCAAGGCUCAUGGACUUGUGCCGUCCGGAGGAGCAGCAGUUCCUUCUCCUGUCGCACAUCUGCAAGAUGUUGGUAGAGUAUGCGGUGUACAGCGCUCAACAGCAGGUGCUGGUGAAUGAGAAGGCCUUGUGCCAAGCGCUGAGGAAGGCCAUUGAGGACGUCUCGCCCAUGGACACCAUGAAGAACUGCGCCGACAGCCUUCUGGCCUUGGCAAGAUGCUUUGAAGGGGCGAAGACCGCAUUCCUUGACAUCUCUCGGGAGGUGCACCGCUCCUGCGCCAGCAUCCUGGAAGACAAGCAGGUCAGGGAGCGCCUGGAGGAGCUGCGGCCGGUGACCAGCCGCUUUCUGGUCCUGUCGAAUCGGGGCAUCGACGCGUCCUUCGGGUCCGUGGGCAUGUUGCGGCGGAUGCUGGCCCUGCUGCACGAGCGCUCGGCGUGGAUGAAGGAGAGGAGGAAGCAGCUCGCAGAGGCGAGGGACGUCAAGGAAGAGCCCAUGUCGCCUGCGCCGCCCACGAGGGGCCGAGAUGAAGCUGGUGGCCAACGAAAGAGGCGGCGAACACAGGCGCGUCCAGAAGCGGUAGCAGACGUGCGGCUCGCCUUGCAGCUCCUGGAGGCGGCGGCGCUGUCGCUGAUGUGGCACGUUCGGACCACCUACUGGGUGCAAUCGCAAGGCAGCUCCGAGGAGGCCCGCAAAGCUGCCGAGAACCAGGUUUCUGAGAUGCUGCAGGGCUUCAGCGAGCUGCCCUCGCUGCAUGCGGAGCUCCCACGAAUCAUGGCGGAGGUGCGGGGCGCGUGCAUGGAGUUGAUUGAGACUGACCUGAGCCCCUAUGUCCAGUACCAUGCCUUCUCCGCAUACAUGACGCUUUUGCAGCUCAGCGUGGGUGUGAGCGAGACCUUGAGCUUGGAGUUGGUGGACGGCCGACCGGCGCCACCCACUGGCUGGGGCGCUACCUUCGAGGUGAAGGUUCCCAAGGGCCAUAUGGAGGUCUUGUACAAAUAUCUCAACAAGCUCUACGUCAAGGUCACCGAUUCCGAGGUGGAAGGCGUUACCUUCAACGGCGAGGGCCACCGCGUGCAACCCUCCAGCAUCUUCCCCGCGCCGUCGCAGAACACCAUGACCUCGGUGCGGCACCUCGCCCUCCGCACCAUGGAGGCGCCUGGCAACGACCCGGAGGUCUCCAACCUGAUUCAGCCACUGGAGCCGGCGGACGAGCUGCUGCUUGCAGUAUUGGCAUCCAGGUCCAUCUUGGAGAGCGAGCUCCAGGAUAUCUACACGGGUCCCUUGGGGUUGCUGCUGCUCACACAGUGCGAGAAGGCCAGACCCAAGGCCCUAAAGGAGGUGGCGCAGAACUUGUUGCGGCGGCUUCGGGAGCAGUCUAAGUCGGCGGAGGAGUUUGGCGAGCACUUUUACGCCAUGCAGCAGGAAGCCAUCGAGGGCCUUUUCAGGUGUGCUGGGGCAGAGGCGGCCCUGUCCUUGUCCCUGGCUUUUGUGAAGCUUUGGGGGAUCAAGCCUUCUCCAUUGCUGGAGCGGCCUUUGUACGUGGUCCUGCGCGAGGCCAUCCUGAGCUGCGUGACGCCGGACCGGUCCCGGCUGCCGCUGCUGGAGGCGUAUGUGCCAUGGAUCAAGAGCGACUUCGUGAGGGAGAAUCGCUGUCACGAGAUCGCGGAAGAGCUCCGGCGCCAGAUCGCCAGCAUCGGCGGGGAUGAGAACAUGCCUCACCUCGAAAGGAUGUUUCGCCGGCUGCAGCACACUCAGCCAUGAGAUUUCCUCGCCCGCGAGCACAAGCAUGGGAAUUCAACUGGGCAGCUGAGCGGGUCAGGCGCAAACAAAGCAGCGGCGUGUAGCUUAGGGGGCCAUUGCCAGGCAAUGUCCGUGAGCUCAGGCAGGUUUUUUGCACAGACCCGGAGAUUUGCAGGUCUCAAUGUGUCAAUGAGUGAUGGGCUUUGCGUCAGGCGGUAGCCUUUGCAAACACAUCGGGUUUCGUUUUCCGAAAAACAUCCGAGCUCAAGUUUCACU